GAGUUGAGUGCAGACUACGGCACCUGAUUGCCACUCUCGUUGAACAAGUCUAAACUUUCUUCAUUCCUUGCCUUUUGCUUCUUCCUGGCCUUCCUUAUUCGCCGUUCUCCCUCCUCUCAUCUCUCUCAAAUGCUUUGCCCAUUUCUCUCUCUAUAUCUCUCCGUAUACAAAUGACUAUAUCUGUGCCCAGAUUAAACCAGCCAGAAAAGUUGUUGGGAUUGAAUGAGGAACAAGCCAUGGUGAAUGGUCAAAAUUUUGAAUCUACUAAACGAGCCUCCAAGCACCGCCCUUUGAAUAUUCUAAGAAUCAUUAGGGGCUUGACAUUUUUAAUAAUCCUCCUCUCAAGUGCAUCAAUGUUGUUGAUAUACCUUGUCCCAGUGGGAGUAAUCCUACGCUAUUUCAGCACACACUAUUCUAGGAAAGCAGUCUCUCUUUUAUUUGGCAUUUGGCUUGGAUUAUUUCCCUUUCUGUUCGAGAAGAUAAACCAAACAAAAGUAAUAUUCUAUGGAGAUCGUGUUCCGACAGGAGAACGCGCUUUGCUGAUUUCCAAUCAUCGGACGGAGGUCGACUGGAUGUAUAUGUGGGAUCUAGCAUUGAGGAAGGGGUGUUUGGGUCAUAUAAAGUAUGUACUCAAGAAGAGUUUGAUGAAAUUGCCAAUUUUUAGUUGGGCGUUUCAUUUCCUAGAGUUCAUCCCUUUGGAGAGGAAAUGGGACGUGGAUGAACCGGUUUUACGCUCCAUGCUUUCGACUUUCACAGAUCCACGUGAUUCAUUGUGGUUAGCUGUUUUCCCCGAAGGAACCGAUUUUACUGAACAGAAGUGCCUUAGAAGCCAAAAGUUUGCUGUUGAUAAUGGCUUUCCAGUUAUGAAGAAUGUAUUGCUCCCUAAGUCGAAGGGUUUCUCUACUUGCUUGAAUAUGCUGAGACAUUCCUUGGAUGCAGUUUACGACAUAACUAUAGCAUACAAGCAUCAAUGCCCAUCUCUCAUAGACAACGUUUUUGGAGUAGAUCCAUCUGAGGUUCACAUGCAUGUUAGACGCAUCCCAGUUGAAAAGAUGCCAAUAUCUGAUGAUGUUAGUGACUGGUUAAUGGAAACCUUUCAAUCCAAAGAUAAGUUACUCUCAGAUUUCAUUGUUAAUGGCUACUUCCCUGACCAAGGAAUACAAGAAGAGAUCUCCACACCAAAAUGCUUGAUUAGUUUUGCAAUAGUUACUGGUUUGACUGCCACUUUCAUACAUUUGACAGUUUUUUCAUCCAUUUGGUUCAAAGUAUAUGUAGUGUUAUCUUGUGUAUACCAAGCUUCUGCCAGUUAUUUGGACUUCAAGCUUUGACCUUUCAUUUUACAGGCUAUACACAUUGUACAAUGGUAUGGAUCUUUUUAGACAUUUAUGACCUCCAUACAACACUUUUACUACCUCAAUGACUCAAUACCCC